GAGUCUUUUUUUGGGCGUUGAUGUUGUACUGAGGGACUACGAGGCAGAGCAAAAGGGAGCUCUGUUCUGCAGAGAGGAAAUGGGCGUUCUCCUUGGAAAGUUUGGAUGGAGUGAUUGAAAAAAAUAAAGGGGGUGUGGCAAGGCUAAGAAAGGAGGGGACCACCUAGAGGGGCACAAUGCUGUAGAGUGCUGAAGCUGCUCCCGAGAUCUGAUUCAGAGGAACCGGCAAUACCUGGGCAAAUUGAAAAUGGCAUACCUGCUUAUGUUUGUGACCCUGCUGCAUCUCAUCACGCUGGCCAUGCUGUUCAUAGCAACCAUGGAGAAGUCCUGGUGGGUGUGGGAUGGCAUGGAGAACUCAGACCUAUGGUAUAACUGUAGGUUUGACAACAUCACGGGAACCUGGCUUUGUGCAUCCACCAAAGAAACUGAGUGGCUUCAGGCAGUGCAGGUCCUGAUGGUUCUCUCAGUGGUCUUCUCUUCAGUCUCCUUCUUGGUGUUCCUGGGUCAACUGUUCACCAUGUCUAAGGGUGGACUCUUCUAUUUCACUGGGCUGUGUCAAGUCUUUGCAGGCCUGACGGCCUUUUCUGCAGCUCUCAUCUACACAUUACACAAAAAGGAAAUCCUUCCAAAAUCCAAAGAACUGACUUCAGGACACUUUGGCUACUGCUUCAUCCUGGCCUGGGUGUGUGUCCCUUUGUUGCUGUGUAGCGGUGUCAUAUACAUUCACCUGCGUAAGAAAGAAUGACCAGAAAAAAGGAAAACAAAGUACUGAAUUGAAUUGACUUCUUGUUAAUCAGAAAUGUUAAUUUGUCAUAAAGUCAUAAAAUGCUUAUGUUAUGAUUUUUGCUCAGGCUUUGGUUAAUGUGAUAAUGUGUUUGAGUUGUAGAUACAUGUAUAUUGGAAAAAUUAUCAGGAAAUGAGGGGCUAUCUCUUAAGCAAAAAUUGAAUCCUCAAUAUCAAUUCAGUAUAUAAUCCUUACCUUCUGUUUAAAGAUGUUUUUAUUAUAAGAGAUUUUUGUUGUCCACUGUAGUCAUAUGUUGACCAAGGAAGGCGAAUACCAAAGCAGAAUCACGUAUUUUUUAUCUAGUGUUGUAGACCUUACAAAGGAUUGGAAUUGCUUUAUUUUUCACUUGAGCAAACUGUGUGUGUG